ACUCUUUGGACAUUUUCCUUGUGAUUGAUCAUUUCAUUGAUUUCAUAAAAUAUUUUUUGUGAGUGAUAUCAUAGCGAUUUUAAUGAUAAUUCCUUAAAAAUGUCGAAUUCCAACGAAGACACGAAUGAGGAGACGAACAGAUUAGUUCCCACUGAUAAUAAUAUUGCCAACACAGAUGGAACAGUGGACGACACUGUGGAUAUCAACGCUCAAAUCGACGAGCAGCGGCGGCGAAUGCAACCGACCAAACUAGAAUCCUUUUUCGCUAUUACCAAAUCCCUUAUUAUUAGAGCAUUAGUAGUUUAUUUCAUUACGUCGAUGUUUAGACAACCUUCUGCUCCAAAACCAGAUAUCAACAGUCCUACAGGAGCGCCUCGUAUUCCCGCUGUCAAUAUGUUUGUAAAUGGCACAGUAUUAGAUAUGUAUUGCUAUAUAUCAGAAAAAAGCUUUCUAAAUGAUCUCAAUGAUGCUAGUCUUAUUUGGAAACAUAGAGGUUUAAUUUAUGGUGACUGGAAUGGUGGCUCCAAUGGCGAUGGUUCUUUUACAUUUGAAACUAAUAUCACUGCAUCUGAUUCUUUGAGAAAUAAUGGAUCAAUAUAUCUUCAUGUCUAUAUAGUUCAGACUGGCAAGUCACCAGAUCCAAAAGACAAAGAAAAUUAUGGUGGGCCAUAUAUAAGUUAUGGAAAUAAGAUGUUGAAUAAAUACAAGAAAUUAAGAUACCAGAAAACUCAUAAUUUGUUAACUGGUCAAACUGAAAAGUCUUUAGAAGAAAUUAAAAAAGCUGAGACUUUGAAAGAAGAGAUAGUUUCACAUUGGCAUCCGAAUUUGACUAUUAAUUUAGUUACUGAUCAGACUAAUUGGAUGCAAGGAAGUGUACCACCCCCUCUGGAUGAAUUUAUAAUGUUCCUUCCUGAUGGCAAACAAUAUAAACCAGCUGUAUUCCUUAAUGAUUACUGGAAUAUGAUGAGAGACUAUACUCCUAUAAAUCAAACUACUACAAAUCUUCAAUUACAGCUUACAUAUCAACCCUUAAGUCUUUUUAAAUGGCAAUUAUAUACAGCACAAGCUAUGAGAGAUAAGUUAAGCAUGUUUUCGGCUUUGGGUGCAGAGGAACAAGAUGAAGAGCAGGAUACAGUAAAAGAAUUGCUUCUGGACACAUCUCCUUACUUGUUAGGACUUACUAUUUCAGUUUCUGUUUUACAUUCUAUAUUUGAGCUUCUGGCAUUUAAGAAUGACAUUCAGUUCUGGAAUAAUAGACAGUCUUUGGAAGGAUUGUCAGUGAGAUCAGUAUUUUUCAAUGUGUUCCAAUCGACUGUGGUCUUAUUGUAUGUGCUUGAUAAUGAAACUAAUGUAAUGGUCAGAAUAUCCUGUUUUAUUGGAUUAUUGAUAGAAAUUUGGAAAAUCAACAAAGUAAUGGAUGUUAAAAUAAAUAGAGAAGAACGCAUAUUAGGAAUACCUAAACUUACUUUUACUGAUAAAGGUUCAUAUGUUGAAUCUAGUACUAGGGAAUAUGAUAUGUUGGCUUUCCGCUAUCUAAGCUGGGCUUGCUUCCCGUUGUUGAUUGGUUAUGGAGUUUACUCUUUGAUGUAUCAAGAGCAUAAAGGAUGGUACUCGUUUAUACUCAACAUGAUGUAUGGGUAUUUAUUGACCUUUGGAUUUAUUAUGAUGACUCCACAAUUGUUUAUAAAUUAUAAAUUGAAAUCUGUUGCUCAUUUGCCAUGGCGUAUGAUGACUUACAAGUUCUUGAAUACAUUUAUAGAUGACAUAUUUGCAUUUGUUAUCAAAAUGCCAACAAUGUACCGUAUUGGUUGCUUCAGAGAUGAUAUUGUCUUCUUUAUAUUCUUAUAUCAGAGGUGGAUCUACAAGGUUGACCACAAGCGUGUUAAUGAAUUUGGAUUUUCUGGUGAAAUGGAACAACAACAGAAAUUAGCUAAGAAUGGAACUGCUGCUAUCACAGAAGGUGGAGAGCAGAGUGCUGAUGCUGAUAAGAAAAAUGAUUAGAAAUGAUUCGAAUUGUAUUAAUAUAAUGAUUAUUUACGUACAUCUGUUUUGAAUUAGAAAUAUAUUACAUGUAUAAAUGGAAUGUUUUACAUUAGAAUGAUGUUUCACAUACUAUACUAUUUAUAAAUAAUUAACUGAUGUAGUGAAAAAAUAAUUAUUGUAGUAUAUUUAUAUUUACUUAAUAGUGUAGUAUUAAAUAUAAUGGACAUUUUCUUUAAAAUUGUAUAAUUAGCUAUAUUAAUCUUAAAAACUUACUUCUAGUGAUUGGACAUCCAAAAUUGUGACUCAAAAUAUUUGGUCUUGCUUAUUCAACACAAUUUAUCUAUUUAGUUAUAGAUUAUGAUAUAAUUUUUCAUGUUUUAUUGUAUCUUGUAUGAUCGAGGAAUUUUAUGUUCUGCUUUUAGGGGAUUAUUGUUUAUUUGUUAAUCCUUGUAGUACAGAGAAAUACUUGUUCAGUGAGAAAUAUUUCUACGGUUUUCUGUGGAAAGCACAAGAGUACAUAUUUUGAGUACUAUUAAUGACUUUUUUUUUCUUAAAAAUGUUUUUAAAACUCAUUUUUAUAGAUUCUGAUUGUAUGCGGCUAUAUUGAUUAUGUAAUGUAACGGAGAUCUUUUCACUAGUGUAAAUAAUUAUCUUGUUUAAUUAUUAUGAACCAUAAAUAAAUUCUAUUAAUUUAACGAAUUGUCUUGGUAUAUUGGUAUUGUCUCAAACUGAGAAUUGUUUGCACUAUUCAUAUUGAUAUAAAUGUUUUCUAUUUUUGUGGUCAUGCCUACCAUGUGAUUUCAACAUUGCUAUAUAACUAGUUUUAUGUUCUUUAUUUAAUAAAAUGUUUCAAACAACUGUUA